AUACAGGAGAAUAAACUAAACUUUGAUAUAUGCACAGUAGAAUGUUGCUCAAUUAUGCACUAGGUGUAAGCAACUUGGUGUGGGAUUUAGAGUGAAUAUAUAGUCAGCAAGGAACAAUUCCUUGACAUUUCCCAUUAAAAAUUAUAACAUUUCCCUUACCAAAUAAAUAAAAAAUGUCUGAUAUCAACCUUCAGCCUCCCCUUACAGUUGUCCUUUGUAACCAUUCUUUCUAGACUGAGAAGUUUUCAACAAAUUCACCUUCAUCAAGAAAAAACAACUCGAGAUUGCAGUGACCACAAAUGUUUCUUCCAGGCUUCAAUGGCGGUAAAUCAGCAGUGUAGUUAUACCGGAAAUGAGAUAGUAUCCAACUUGGCCCUACAGAUGUCAUUGUACUUCAAUGUCUAUUUUUCACCAUUUUGGUACACAACUUGCAUAGUAAUGCUUGUGGCCAAGUAUUCAAAGCUAGACUCAGUUUACAAGUUCAUAACAAUUGUCAUCUAUGUUGCCAUGGCAUUAGUGGAGGUAGCCAGACUCUACUUGGGAUAUGCUGGAAAUCUUCAGGAAAAGGUUCCUCAGCUUGCUGGUUUCUGGAUUCUUACUCUAGUACUACAGCUUCCUCUGACACUGAUGUUGUUGCUUAAUGAAAGCAUGUUGAUCAUGCCGAUGGAGAGAGCGGUGAACAUUAUAAUGGCAUUGUUUGUUUUGUUUGAGACAGUUCAGGGCUACAGGGUAAUCAAGAGCAUGAUUGAACAGCAAAUCUCUAAGUUUCAUGUGCAGCAGUUUGAUGACUUGACUGAACUUCAAGAAAUGCAAGAACAUGGGGUUGAGGAGGUGGGAUUCAGGCCUCAGUGAGGAACUGAAGUCAAUUUUGAAAGAAAAGCAAAAAUGGUUGACUCAAAGUCAUAGUACAGUGGAGAUUAGUUUGAAUAUAUUGGUGCAAGUUUCACUUCUUCUAGUUGUUUAUACUCUUUGUAAAAUUUGCAUUUGCCCAAACUGUUGGCAACAUUGACUAACAAGUUACGUACAGUCAAACAUUGAUUCUGUGGUCUUGCUCAGACUUGCAAAAAUAGUGAAAAUAUGAAUAUAAAGGAACUGUUGGGGUUUAAAUGUAAAUAAGAGUUAUCUGCAAUAAGUUAUUUAUGUCGAAUGAAAAGGUGUAAACACUUAACAAAACUGUAAGUUUGUCAUUUACAGCCUGCACUUUAAGUGUACAUGUUUAUACAUACUUUGUAUUCUUUUGAAAGAUUUUAAGUUGUACAUACAAGAGCUGUUAGUAUUUAUUGGAGAGUGUAUUUUGUUCAAAGGAAUAGGCAAACUGGUCAUAGAAUAAGCCAUAAGUAAAUCAUCAUUUUGUUGAAUGCAUGGUUGUGUUAAACUGAGCCUGAGCUUAAGGUGGCCGAACACAGUUUUCGCACGCACUUUUGCUGAUGCAAUUCAGCGCACAUGUUUGCUGAUGCAAUU